UGAUUAAUCGUAAUUUAUUGUAUAUAAAUUUAUUUGUUGUGUUCUUAUGUAAAUACAUUUAUCAUUAAUUAAAAUUUUUUCGAUGUUUUAAAUAUUUGAAUUUAUUUUCUGUUUUACCAACUUGAUUAAUAGUCUAUCCCCACCUCACAGAUGUUUCUAGAUCGGAACCUACAUGUGCCAACUUAAAAAAACGUUUAACAAAAUACCCACUGGGUAAAUGCGCCAGACCCUUUUUAUAUCAUUGGACAUAGAUGCUUCUAUCUACAUUGCGUAUAAUUAAAGUCUAGAUAGUUACUUAUGUCCGGGAUAUUCGAUACGUUUAAUCUGCGAAGAAAGAACAAAGGACACUAUCUACUGCGUAAUAAAAUUAUACUUUACUGAUAUUAAAAUAUAAAAAAACUGUGUGUCUGUUUUAAAAAAAGAUUUCUAAAUAUGGCAGAUAUUUUUAGUGUUGGAGAAGAGUUCCCCAAUUGUGAGCAAUUUUUGUUAAAAAUUGAUACGUAUAUGGAACAAACAAAAUUUAUAUUAAGCAAAAGAGAUUCACACAAAAUGGGACAAUUUUGUGAGAAAAGAGGUAUCACGAAUAAUUUUCCGGAUUUUACGUUUUACGAUUUACAUUUUGUAUGUCCGAAGAGUGGGAAAUUCGUAACGAAGGGAAAAGGAAAACGGAAAGCCCAGUAAGUAUUAUUUUCAUUGAUACAUUUUUCCUUACUUUCUCAAACUGCUUCAUGUUCUUAAACUUAGCCAAUGGUUUUCUUAAUUCGUGAUUAAUUGAUGUUAUCUUAUAACCACUUAUUUUUUGGAUACUUUUUUCUUUCUACUGAACUAAGUUCUGAGAAAAUAAUACUUAAAAAUAAAUUUUGACAUGUUUCUAUUUAGUGUAUACAUAUAUGCAUAUACUUGUUUUCAGGUCGCAAAAAACUAACUGCCCCGUAGUAUUAAUUGGGCGUUUCGAUUUAAACAAGAAACUUUUUAUUGUAAGAACCUGAAUACCCCACCACAACCACGGACCAGACAGUGAGAAUUUGGAUGAUGACAAAUUGGGUGCUGAUGACAAGCUGGUUGCUGUUGACAAAUUAGAUAGUAGUGAUUCAUCUGACUCGUCUCAUUUUGCAAAACCCAUUGAUAGUGGGAUACAAAAAACCAAAGGACGUCCUAAAGAUAAAAAAAGACCACCAAUAGGGCCACGUUGUAGUAAAUCUAUUCAGACAUCAAAAAAUUCUCGCACAGAAAACACCACAUCAGCUUUAAUGCUUCAGUCUACAACUGCUGGUCCAUCUAAUAUUGUACCCAAUACAUAUGCUAUUCCUGCUUCUGAAAUUUUUUUGAUUACUGACUCUACACCAGUUGAUAUUAUAUUCACUCCAGCUGAUGAGACUGAAUUUCCUACUGCUUCUGGUCCUCCUAUUUUACACAAUAACAACAAUAUUCCGAUUCCCCAAAGUCAUUCAAUUACUAAUACCACUCCAGCUAGCGAGACUGAAUUUCCUACUGCUUCUGCUCCUUCCAUUUCAAACAGUAACAAUAAUAUUCCGAUUCCCCAAAGUCAUUCAAUUACUAAUACCACUCCAGCUAGCGAGACUGAAUUUCCUACUGCUUCUGGUCCUCCUAUUUUACACAAUAACAACAAUAUUCCGAUUCCCCAAAGUCAUUCAAUUUCUAAUAUUACUCCAGCUAGCGAGACUGAAUUUUCUACUGCUUCUGGUCCUCCUAUUUUACACAGUAACAACGAUAUUCCUAUUCCCCAAAGUCAUUCAGUCACUAUUACCACUUCAGCUGGUGAGACUGAGUCUCCUACUGCUUCUGCUUAUUCCAUUUCACACAGUAACAAUGAUAUUUCUACUCCCGCCGCUCCGAACUCACAAAUAUCUGAUGAAAAUAAAAAACUUGAACAAUUAUUAAAGCAUUUGAUAUCACCAGAAAUAGUUGAGUCCGUAAUAAAUGGAAAUAGGAAAAUAAGAAAAAGUGAUCUGAUUGAUCAAAUCAAAAAUGUUUCUGAUGCGGUGCCUUAUCAAAUUGAGAAAUUCAAUGAUGUACAAAAGUACUUCCAACGUACGGCUUUCCAGGCUUUGCUUAAUGCAAUAAAAAUCAAAGAAAAGAAUAGAUCAUGGACUUGUCACAAGUGUUUUAGAAGAAUUGAUGAAGAUAAUGAGAACAGUAUCGAAUGUGACAAGUGCUGGUAUUGGUACCAUUUUAAAUGUGUAAAAAUACGUCGCAAACCUUCGAAGUCUCGUGAAUGGGUUUGUCCAUCUUGUACGCGAACGGGAUGAUGAAAUUGCAUUUUUAAAAUGCAAUAUUUGAUAACUUACAGCAUAUUAAAGUAUAUUUUAAUAAACAGAAUAUUUUGAUAAACUUUUUAAAUUUUUUAUCAUGUAUUUUCUAAUACACAUGCAAUCCAUC